UUGGUAGAUGUGGUAUUUUGUGGGCCGUGCUCCCUGACAACAGGAAGUAAGUGUGAGUAUCGAAUGCUAUGUGAGAUAAAUCCAAAAAGAACCACCUCGCAAAGGCCUUUAUAAUCUUCAUGUUCUGCGUGAGGUCAGCAGCGGGCAGACGAGUUGCGGUGCGGACGUCAUGCGCGCCAAGCAUGCCGGGAGUAGCAGAGAUGCUGCAGUGUGGCAGCAAACCCGAAGUCUACUGUACAAAAACGUGCUCAUCAAGUGGAGGACCAAACAACAGAGCUUGCAGGAAGUCAUCCUCCCGCUGUUGUUGCUGGCUCUGCUGAUCGUCAUCAGUAAUCAAAAUCCGCACGUCUCCUAUGCCGGCGUUGCCACCGUGGAGCUGGAGAGGGACGACGAUGUCUUCACCACCAUCGGCUAUACGCCCGUCACCAACGUCACCAGCCGCAUCAUGGACGAGGUGGCUCGUGACCUCCCGGUCAGUUUGGAGAUGUUCGCCAGCGAGGAGGCACUGGAGAACGCCAGCGUGUACGAGCCUUCGGGUCUGGUGGGGGUGGUGUUCGCCGACUCCUGGGCCACCUCCUACAGCCUCCGCUUCCCCUACAACCAGCUGCCGCAGCCUAGCGACUUCACAGAGUCUGUCGGCGACUGUCUGAGCAGCUCCUUCAACUGCCGGGCGGCCAACUAUUGGCACGCGGGAUUCGUCCGCCUCCAGUCGCUCUUGGACGCCGCCAUCAUCCAGAUGCAGACCAAGCGUGCGGUGUGGAGUGAGCUGGACGUGACAGCGGUGAUGAUGGGUCAGCCGAGCUGGGUGGAUGUGCACAAGUUCCCGCGCGCCCUGAUCUCCAUCUACCUGGUGCUGGCCUUCACGCCCUUCGUCACCUUCCUCAUCGUCAACGUAGCGGCCGAGAAGGAGCGGCGCAUCAAAGACACCAUGGCCAUGAUGGGGCUCUACGAUUCGGCAUUCUGGAUGUCAUGGGGCCUCCUGUACGCCGUCCUGGUGAGCGCCAUGUCCAUCCUGAUGGCCAUCAUCGCCACCUGCACGGCGCUUUUCCCCAACAGCAACUUCCUGCUCGUCUUUUCCCUCAUCUUCCUCUAUGGCAUUUCUUCUAUCUUCUUCUCGUUCAUGCUGACGCCGUUGUUCAAGAAGCCAAAGUUUUCCAGCACGCUGGGCUCCAUGUUGACGGUGGUCUUUGGAUGCCUGUCGCUCUUCACCAUCCUGAUCAAGGAUUUCCCGCAGCCGCUGGUCUGGAUGCUCUGCCUGCUUUCGCCCUCGGCCUUCUCCAUUGGCGUCGCUCAGGUGGUGUACCUGGAGGCCCAAGGAGAAGGCGCCGUGUUCUCCUCACUGGCCAGCGGGCCUCAUCCGCUCUACGUGCCAAUGCUUAUGCUGGUUUUGGACUGUGUGCUAUACCUGCUGCUGGCCGUCUACCUGGACCAGGUGCUGCCAGACGAGUUUGGGAUGAGGAGGUCCUUGCUGUACUUCCUGAAGCCGUCCUAUUGGUCCAAACGCAGCGAGCGCUACAUGGAAGUAAGCUCGGUGUACGACGCCGAGAUAAACGGCGCUCCCGGCGUCGGUGGCGGCGAGUCGGUGGAGGCCGUCUCGCCAGAGUUCAGAGGUAGAGAGGCCAUCCGCAUCACCAACAUUAGCAAGGUGUACAAAGACAAGGACAACACCGUGGAGGCACUCCGAGGUCUGACCUUCGACAUCUACGAGGGCCAGAUCACGGCUCUGCUGGGCCACAGCGGCUCCGGGAAGUCGACUCUGAUGAACAUCCUGUGUGGCAUCAGCCCGCCCAGCGCUGGCUCGGCCGCCAUUUACGGCACCCCGGUGGGCGAGCUCGCCGACGGGCCCGAGAUGAAGCGGCUGGUGGGCGUCUGCCCGCAGUUCAACAUCCUCUUUGAUGUCCUCACCGUGGAGGAGCACCUCAGGAUCUUCGCCGCCAUUAAAGGGAUCCCGCUGGCCGACGUGGACGCUGAGGUGUCCAAAGUGCUGAAGGAUCUGGACUUGGAGAAGAUCAUGACGGCCCAGGCCAAGAAUCUGAGUGGAGGCCAAAAGAGGAAGCUCUCGGUGGGCAUCGCCAUCCUGGGGGACCCCAAGAUCCUGCUCCUGGACGAGCCGACGGCCGGCAUGGACCCCUGCUCCCGACAUCAGGUGUGGUCUCUCCUGAAGAGUCGCAGAGCCGGCCGAGUGCUUGUGCUCAGCACGCACUACAUGGACGAGGCCGACAUCCUCGCCGAUCGCAAAGCGGUGAUCUCGCAGGGCCGGCUGAAAUGCGUGGGCUCGUCCUUGUACCUCAAGACCAAGUGCGGCGUGGGCUAUCAUCUCAGGAUGUCCAUCAGCAAUCGCAGUGAUACCGGCAAGAUUUCCUCGCUGGUCCAGCAGCAUAUUCCCAAAGCCAAGCUGACACGGCAGCAGGAGGCGGAGCUAAACUUCACGCUGCCUUUUGAGAGCUUGGCUGCAUUUGCAGGAUUGUUCUCGGAGCUGGACUCCCGACCUGACCUAGGCCUGGUCAACUAUGGCGUUUCCAUGACGACGCUGGAGGACGUCUUUCUGCGUCUGGAGGCGGAGGCUGAAGUGGACGAAGCAGACUACAGCGUGUUCGGUCGGGAGGAGGCGGGGGACGAGUGCGACGCUACAGUGGCAAUGAGCAGCGACGACGAGGCGGACCGGCGGCUGCUGAUGUUCUCGGACGGGUCGGAACUGGCGAGGGGUGCGGCGCUCUGGCGCCAGCAGUUCAGUUCGGUGGCGUGGCUCCACAUGCUCAACUUGUGGCGCGAGAGGAAGGCUUUGCUUUACGUUCUUUCGUUAUUGCUGGUGUUUGUAGCCACCAUGCUGGUCCUGUCUUUGUCCACGGGGAAUAUCCUGCUCCACUCGCCGGCCCGCCAGUUCCUGCCCAUCUACCUGCUGGGCAGAAACCAACCCCCCCGCAGAUACGCCAGCAGACUCCUGGUGUGCAACUCGACAGGUACGGAUAUUUCGGACUUUAUCCGGAACCUGGAAGGGCAGGACAUCGCGGUGGAAGUGGCGAAUCACUGCGACUACAUGAUGGCGGCUCCGCACAGCGCUGCCAUCAACGUGACGAGCUCCAGCAAGGGCUUCAGGUACAGCUUGGCCUUCAACAGCACCACAGUGCACUCGUUACCCAUGACCGUCAACAUUCUCAGCAACGCUCUCCUUAGAGGGCUCAACAGCACCGCGCGCAUUCAAACUUGGACCAAACCAUUUGAUUAUAAAAUUUCACCCGCCACGGCGUACGUGCUGCUCUUCAUCGAGUCCGUCUUACUGGGAAUGUUGGCGGCCGGCAUGCCCGCCUAUUUUGCCAUGGAGCACAUGCGAGACCAGGAGCUGAAGUGCCGCUCGACACUGCGUGUAUCCGGUCUGCUCCCGUCGGCGUACUGGUGCGGCCAGGCGGCCGUGGACGUGCCCUUCUACUACCUCGUCGUGUCCUGUAUGACCGUCAUCCUCUUCUCCUUCCACUCCGGCAACUUGCUCACCUCCGGCAACCUCAGCACCGUGGUCUUCUGUACCGUUGGUUUCGUUCCAGCCGUGAUCCUCUUCACGUACGUCUGCUCUUUCGGGUUCUCCCGAGUCCAAAGCAACAGAGACUUCUUUUCCGUCAUCUCCAUGAUGGUGUGCGUGGUGUCGGGCUCGGUGGUUCACAUUCCCCUGGUGAGCGACAGACAGGGGAUGACGCACAACAUUCUGUGCAUCCUCAACCCGCUCUACCCGCUCAUGGGCUGCCUCAGCUGCAUCGCCAAGGCCGCCUUCCUCCCAUCGUCUCCGGAUCAGGGCUUUGUGUUCAACAACAUGCUCGUCUCCGUUUUUGGGCCGUACCUGCAGUGUGUGGUGCUGCUGCUGGUGCUGCGCUGGCUGGAGCGCCGUUACGGCGGCAGGACCGUCAGGACUGAUCGCUUGUGCAGGAUGUCCUCCAACCGGAGGCCCAAAGUGGAGCGUAACCCCGAGGAAGGCCCGAACCAGGACGAGGACCAGGACGUUCAGAUGGAGAAGGCCCGAGUCAAGGAGGCCCUCAGCUGCCGCUCCUGUGACGAGAAGCCGCUGCUGGUCGCCAACAACCUGAGGAAGAAGUAUAAAAGUCGCAGGGAAGGCUUCGCUCUCAGCAAGAGUGGCAAAGUGGCCACCAGGAACGUCUCUUUCUGCGUUCGGAAAGGCGAGGUUCUUGGACUGUUGGGCCCAAACGGAUCGGGCAAGAGCACCGUCAUGCGCAUGCUGUCGGGGGAGAUGGAGCCCACGGCAGGAGAGGUGCUGAUGGGAGAUUUUGGUUUGGGGUCGGGUUCGCGGGAAGCCUCCCCGGAUCACGUGGGCUACUGCCCCCAGGUCAACCCUCUGUGGCCCAGGAUGACGUUGCACGAGCACUUGGAGCUCUACGCCGCCGUCAAGGGCCUGAAGGGACGCGACGUCCCCGGGAUCAUCCAGCGUGUGGUGACUGCUCUGGAGCUGAAGGAGCACGUGCAUAAGCAGGCCAAGUCUUUGACCGCUGGCCUCAAGAGAAAACUGUGCUUUGCGCUGAGCAUGAUCGGGAACCCCGAAACGCUGCUCCUGGACGAGCCGUCGUCCGGGAUGGACCCCAAGUCCAAACAGCGCGUGUGGAGAGCCAUCCGUGCCGCCCUGAGGGACCGUCAGCGCGGCGCCGUGCUCACCACGCACUACAUGGAGGAGGCGGAGGCCGUGUGCGACCGUGUGGCCAUCCUGGUGUCGGGCCGGCUCAGGUGCCUGGGCUCAAUCCAGCAUCUGAAGGCCAAGUACGGCCGAGGUUACGGCCUGGAGCUGAAACUCGGGGAGGACGUGAGGGGGCUCCAGCAGGUGGCGCUGCUGCACGAGGAGAUCAUGGCCAUCUUCCCGCAUGCCUCCAGACAGGAGAGCUUUGCCACCCUAAUGGCAUAUAAAAUCCCCACGGAGGACGUCCGAUCUCUGGCCGCCGCCUUCUCGCAGCUGGAGCGCGUGAAGCAAACGUUCAAGUUUGAGGAGUACAACUUCUCGCAGUCCACUCUGGAACAGGUCUUCCUGGAGUUCGCCAAGGAGCAGGACAACGAGGACGACGAGGCGGGCUCGCUCAGCACCACUUUCCAGUGGCGCCGCCUGACAAACGACCAGUCGCAAGUCGACCACUCCGCUUGCGACAACCACGGCGACAGCGUCGUGCGACAGCUGUGACACCACCCCCUACGCCCGGACACAAAAAAAAAAACUGACCGUGUGCGUGUGUGUGUGUGUGUGUGUGUGUGCGAUGUCAAAUCUUUAUCGCCCCUUUCUCACUGCUCACCAAAGCCUUUGUGUCGAAAAUUGCGGCUGCUGUGCGCACACGCGAUAGAGAUGCGGGAACGUCCUAUUCCUCGAUGUCUGUGUGAAACACGGAAUAUACCGUUUAACACCUCUAAUGUGUCAGUUUUGCAGACAGCCAGCACGAAAGGGGCGUUUUUGUUUUGUAUUUUUUGUUUUUGUUUAUUGCACCGUGUUUUUAAAAGGAAGUGCAAACCAUCCAGGAUGAAUGCACCGAAGCGUAAAGGCUGUUUAAAUAAGACGCUGACAAACCUACACUCCUACCAACACUGAUUCCCAUUGUCCCAGAAGCCACAUCUGUGGGACUGCGCACAAUGGUCACAGGAAUGUUUUUAAUGCGCAGGCGAGUGAACUACCGACGAGAUGGCGUGAAAGGCGUUUCUGUGUGUGGUUUGGGAGCAAUUCUAAAUUGAAUGCGAGCCGUCCAGAAGGGAAGUAUGAAACAAAGCAAUGAUGAUGACGACACAUGCUCCCCAGACUGUUGGUGUGUUUUGGAAGGGAUCUCUAACCCCUUUCAUACUGCCCCACCUACGCUCAAGACUCACCACCAUCGUGUUCAAAGCAAUUGUCACUAGACGCUGCAACAGUGGUGAGAACGCACACAUGAUAAUGCAGGGUGGACUGUAACCAAUGUGGCGAAAAGGCCCUGCGAAGGUUUUUCAGUGAUGUUUUUAGUCUGUGUUAAAAGGCCAAUAUUCGCUGCACCAGAAGUCUCCAAGGAUGUCCCGUUUCUGAGCAUUCUGUGGAUGAAAAAGGGAGCGUGAAAAGCCGUUUGUUUAGUGUUUUUAAGUGAAAGUGUGAGCCGUCCAAGAUGGAAUCAAGCGCCAAAUCAGCAUACACGACAGCGUGUCUGUAGUAUGGUCACGCCAUUGGAUGUGAGCUGUCAGGUCCCUUCAUUUCACACUGACGCGGAUGCCGUCCGGAACAAGGCGCGAGUGAGCGUCGUACAUGUAGCGCACGUUACCCAGGACGCAGGCCUCCCCCCCAAAAAUAUCGAUUAUUUCUAUCAGUAUUUUGGGGGCUUAUAUUAGCACCACUAGUGAAAUCUUUGUUGCAUUUUGUAAAAAAA